AGCAGGAAAUGAGCGCCAGCCCGGUUGCUCUUUUCCUUGCUCUGCACAGCUCCGCCUCUCGCCGUCCCUCCCGCGAGUCAGUGCCGGAGCCCGGCGCUCCAGCGUGGGGACGCCCUGGGGGGAUGCGGCUCCCACGAAGGCAGCCCGCCCCCUCCCCUUGUGGUGGAGAUGCCAUUCACUGAGGAAGCCUGAGCGUUGAGGCUGGGGGCGAGCGAAGCAGCUGCCGGUUGAGGAGGGGAUCGCGUUGGGGGAACGGGUCGUCAGCACCGCGGACAGCGCUAGGCGGGGCGCUUUGCCCCCGACUCCUGCGCCUCUGAUUCCAGCACCAAGGACAGCGCAGAACUCUCCGCGCCCAUUGCCCACCGCGCUUCCCCGCCGCGGACGCCGCCCCAGCCCAGCCGGUGGCAACAAGCUCAGGGGAGCCGAGCGCUUCCUCCGCCUACGGCAACAGGGACAUCGCCCUUAGGUCGGCUUCCUGGGAAAGGAGGAGCCUUCGUCACCAACCUGCUCUAGCCUCGGCUUCCGACUCCCGGGCUCCCGAGCAGCGUGGAGCAACCACGCUGGCAGCACAACAUGGCAACCGAGGUCCACAAUCUCCAAGAACUACGGCGGAGUGCUUCCUUGGCCACCAAGGUUUUUGUUCAGCGGGACUACAGUGACGGGACCAUCUGCCAGUUCCAGACCAAAUUCCCUCCAGAGCUGGACAGCCGGAUUGAGCGACAACUUUUUGAAGAUACUGUGAAGACCCUCAACAACUUCUAUGCGGAGGCUGAGAAAAUAGGGGGCAGCUCCUACCUGGAGGGAUGUCUGGCCUGUGCCACAGCCUACUUCAUCUUCCUCUGCAUGGAGACCCGCUAUGAGAAGGUUCUGAAGAAGAUCUCCAAGUACAUCCAAGAGCAGAAUGAGAAAAUCUAUGCUCCUCGAGGGCUGUUGCUGACAGACCCAGUGGAACGGGGCAUGCGAGUUAUCGAGAUCUCCAUCUAUGAGGAUCGUUGCAGCAGUUCCAGCUCUGGCAGCUCAAGCAGCAGCAACAGCAGUGCUGGCGGCGGGGGUGGGGGAGCCGGGGGCCGGUGACUGGCACAGAGUCCCGGCAGGGAUUUGUACUGCCGGGACGAUGGUGUCUCCGAGAUCCGCAGACUGCGCUACCAGAGCACCCGCUUCUGAGCAGCCCCAGGGGGGUUGGGGUGCCAGCAAGGAGGGUUGUGACAUCCCUGGGGAGGGGCUUGUGACAACCAGAGGGGGGGGCAAAGUCGUUCUAAAGAGGAUGCUUGGCCUCAGCCCCAAAUGAGCCCAGUCUCUCCAUGGCUCAAAACCUGGAUAACCUGAACUACAUGACAUUUCCUGCGGGCUCCUGGGGACACUCCUGCCCACCCCCUCCCCGGGAUGUCCAGGUGUGUCAUUGUCCAAGUCCUGUCCUCCCAAGCUGCAGGCACACAAAUACCCUGUCUGAAUGCACCCUCUUGCUCAAGGUCAAAUGACCAGUAAAGAUCAGCCCAGCAUGGUGAGAUGGGGUGGGGUGUGGGUGAGGGAACUGGUGGUUUUGGGACCCUGUGACAACCCUUUCCCUGAGCACCACUGUCCUCUCCCCUCCUGCAUUGGCACGGACCCCCCCCCCCAUCCUAGCUCUUCUCUUUUGCUUGCUGCUGUGCAUGCCAUUCUCCUGGCACUUUAGGCAUGGUCUGUGCAUCCAACGUCCACAGUGCUGUGGUGGGGCCCCUGCAAGUGCUUUGCAAACCCUCCCCUCCUUCCUGCAGGGUGCUGGUACUGGCAGAGACAUGCCCUCUCACAGAUACCAGGGCACAUGCCUCAUGCGCUGGAUCCUUUUCAGGCAACAGAGGGACAGGGGCAUUGUAUGGAGCCACAGGAGGAUGUGAGGCAGCACUGUCCCCCUCUGGUGGGAUAGCAGCACGGAUCCUGUCGAGAACUAUAUAGUCUUCCGAAGUUGAAAGACUGCACCUUGCCACCUCUCACCAGCCGAAACAGGUUUUCCAGUUCAACCAGGGAUCAUGGAGAACAUCAGAAGAUGGGAGAUGUUGGAGGUGCUUUAGUGGAGAGGCCUCUGGCUCCUCAAUUCCUCAGCUCAUCCCAGCCCAAUAAGCAUCUUUGGGAUUAUGUAUGUAAAUAUUUAAUAUAGCCCUGGCUACCAAAGCUCCACCCCUCCCUUCACCCUUACACCACAUUUGGCAAACAGAAGAAAGAGGAAGGAGGAUGAAAACUCCGAGGUGGGUAUGGAACCCUGCAAUAUUUGACCCACUUCCCCAGUGCACAGGUGUUUUGCAGCAUCACCUUAUCACUUGCAUGCACAAGUUGUCUCCUUUGCUGCAUGUUCCUUCUCCCUCCUUCCUGUAAAUAGCUACCUGGGCCCCACAUAUGUAUGUUUGAGACCCUAUUGGUUCUGGAGCUUUGGUACCUCUUCUCUGAGUCCCCAGUGCCAUUCUGUGAAACAAGAUGGGAAGGCAAGGGGGAGACAGCUGAGCCACUGGGUUAGUGGACUGGGCUGCCCAAUGAACAGGUGUCCAAACCAUGGGCGAAGCCUGCCACCACUUCUGGCAAUGGACAGCAGCUCCAAAAAUGCUUCCAGCUUCUCACACACCACACGUCCCACACACAGCUAGAUUUCCUUGGGGGGGGGGGGUC